GGGGUCAUUUUAGUCCAGCUCUCAGCCGUGUCAAAGUCAGGUCAUUGUCUUUACCUGAGUGGAACCGAACCAGCACCAGAACCAGCAUGGCGGCCCGCCUUCUUCUCCGCACCUGCCCGCUGAGAGUCCUCCAGCUGAGGGGAGGCACCGCGGCGAGGCCGCUGCAGCGAGCCAUGGCCUCUGCUGGGGGAAUCCCAACAGAUGAGGAGCAGGCGACUGGACUGGAGCGACGCACCCUGCAGGCCCUCAAACAAGGAAAGGAUCCCUACAGCAUCCUGAAGCCCAAACAGUACACCGGCACCAAGGCAGACCCUCACAUCGUCCCCAGUAUUGGAAACAAGAGGCUGGUCGGCUGUCUCUGUGAGGAAGACAACACUGCUAUUGUGUGGUUCUGGCUCCAUGAGGGAGAACCCCAGCGGUGUCCUGAAUGUGGGUCCCACUACAAGCUGGUCCAUCAUGAACUGCCCCAUUAGGACUGCUGCCUGCCACAACGUCAACACUGGACAGCCACGUCGGUGGAAUGCCACUUAACAUGUACAGUUUAUCAUUAAAAUUAAAACGUGUAAGAAAAA